GCAGAAAAGUGAAGAUUCUUUCCGCAAGUUUUCUUUCCAGCGAAAACGAAAAAAAAAAAUGCUAAAUAAUUCGUAAAAAAAAACUACAGUUGAGUGCGUUGUCCGCGUCGAGUGCCGCCAUGUCCACCGGACGGGAUCUGUUCAGCUUGCCGGCCGGCCCCGCCGAGCUUUGCUUCGACAAGAACGAGUUUAUGAAGAAAACCUUUUCGGUGGACGAGUUCCUGCACGAGAAUCGGAACGCCGGUAGUUUGGAGAUCAUCCGGGAUGAUUUGGGGGUUUACUUGAAGGUGCUGCGUUCGGCGAUGAUCGAGUUGAUCAACCAGGAUUAUGCGGAUUUCGUGGAUUUGUCGGCGAAUUUGAUCGGGUUGGAUCAGCAGAUUGGCGGGAUUGGUGGGCCGCUGGAGAAGCUGCGGGAGGAGAUUGUGGCGGUUCGGGACGCGUUGGAGGGCACGAUGGGUGACAUUUCGGACUGUUUGGAGCAGAAGAAGGCGCUGCGGGGGUACAAGAAAGGCUUGCAGAGUUUGGGGAAGGUGCAGGGCGCGUUGGUCAAGUUGGAGAGUUUGUUGAGGCCGGCGGCGGCGGAAGAGAUCAAUCCGACCUUGUUGGAGAGGGCGGCACUGGAAUCGAUUCAGUUGCAGUUUAACAUCAAGUUCUGCAGCGAGUUUUUGAACCAGGAUCAGUUGAAUAAGUCGGAAGAGUUGAAAGCGAGUUUGUUGGCUCAGAUUAAGGGAUAUUUCCUGCGGACGCUGAAGCAGAACGAUUUGGACGGGUUGGAGCGGUGUCUCCGGAUUUAUUGCACCUUGGACGAGUGUGGAACGGCGGAGGAAGUCUUCAAGACGGAAAUCGUGUCUCCCUACAUGGGUCGGGUCGUGUCUGAGAGUGGCCUGCAGAACUCGCCUCAAGGCCUUACUGGAAUCUACAACCAAAUUCUGGACUUUAUUUCGCUCAACAUGAAGAACCUGCUCGCGCUAACGAAGAAAAACGGAAAAGUCAAAGGGUACAAUUUUAUCGUGCACAGCUUCUGGACGGAGGUCGAGCGACGGAUGGAGACCAACAUGUCGUCGAUCUUCGCGCCCGGCAACCCCGAGUCCUUCUACCAAAAGUACAAGUGCACGCUGGAAUUCCUCGAACGAAUCGAGCUCAUCAUCGAAGAUCCGUCGGAAAUUGGCGCCUUUAAGGCGCACCCGCAAUACAAGAGUUUCCAGGUGCGGUGGAACCUCCCAGUCUACUUCCAAAUCCGCUUCCAGGAGAUCGGAUCCAACCUGGAGAAAGCCUGCGGCCGCGAGCUAGACGCACCCAAAUUCACCACCCAGCAAAUCAGCCCCGCCCAGUUCAACCUGCUUCAAUUCUCCGUCGCCCUCACCUGCAUUUCCAGCUGCUGGCAGGACGGAAUCUACCUGCCUCAACUAUUUCACCGCUUUCUCAAGCUAACCCUGCAACUUCUCUCCCGCACCACGACCUGGAUCGACACGGACAUCAGCUCUCCCCCUGAGGACCCCUCCCUCAAGCUCAAACUGCUCGCCACCCUUUUCUCCGACAUCACGAACCUCUCACGCAAAAUCCCCCAAAUCGUCAACCUCAUCCACUCGAAAUCCCCGCCCUCCCUAACCCUUCCCCAAUCCUCCCUGGACGAACUAUUCUUCGACAACCGUUCCUCCCUGACGACCAAGCUGAACCGUCUGCAGACGCUCGUCGUGCAAGAGCUGGUCCAGGCGGCGAUUCCCCACCUCAAGCAGGUUUCGGACAUUCCGCGGCUGUACAGGAAAACUGGGAGGGAAGUGCCGAGCCGCUGUUGUCAGUACAUGGAACAGAUGGUCGCACCCGUGGGGACGUUUCGCGAGCGGUACGCCGAGCUGAUUGGGGCGGAGCGGUUGAAGGAGUUUCUGGCGGGAGUGUACGCGAGCUUGACGUUGAAUUACUACCAAGCGGUCGACGAAGUGCUCGUCUCGGUCCAAAAGACGGAAGAAUCGCUGCGCCGGCUAAAGAACCUGCGCGAUCGCAACGCCAACCCAACCGGCGUGACACCUGCAAGUAAUACCAACAACAGUAGCAGCAGCACCACUUCUAUGUCCGACGACGACAAGAUCCGGCUGCAGCUGCAGGUGGACGUGAUUCACUACUUGCAGGAAAUCGAACGAUCCGGACUGGCGCGGGGUGAAAUUGAAAAGCUACCGGAGCUUAUCCAGCUUGUGGAGGACGCCACCAAAAUUCGGAUAGGCGGAAACCAGCAGCAGCAGUGAGUGUUUAGUUGGACUUUUGUUUUUUUUUUUUCAAUUGUUUCUGUAUUUUAAAGAAUCGCAUUUGAUCGCGAUCGCAGCGCGAUUCGUCCGGCAAAAACAGUUUUUAGUAGUUUGCAAGUGAAACUAAAAUUAAAUUGUAAAAAUUAUCUACCAAAACGAAGGAAACACAACUAUAACUACAAGAAAAGAAA